UAAACUAAAAUGCCAAAAAAAGAAAAUCUUUAGGACCGAUUUGUAAACGAGAGCAUAGAUUGAGACCAUUCAUCCAAUCUACCCUAAUAUUUUCCUCAAAACCACACUAUCGUUUCGAUUGCGAAGGCAGAGGCAGAGCUUAGAUUGAUUUGCCAUGGCGACAGGAUGGAGGAUCGUAUCGGCGAUUGCUGUAGUAGCAAUGGCGGCGUCUAUACAUUUGGCACUACCAUCAGCAUCAGCAUCUUCGACAGCUCCUGAGGCCGCCUUCAUCAAGAAAACCAUCUCUUCCCACAAGAUCGUCAUUUUCUCCAAGUCUUAUUGCCCAUAUUGUAGAAGGGCAAAAGCUGUUUUCAAAGAGUUGAAACAAGUACCACAUGUUAUUGAGCUUGAUGAGAGAGAUGAUGGGAGUGAUAUUCAAGAUGCCAUGGCGGAGAUUAUUGGAAGGCGUACUGUGCCCCAAGUUUUCAUAAAUGGAAAGCACAUUGGAGGUUCUGAUGAUACCGUUGAAGCAUAUGAAAGUGGAGAACUGGCUAAGCUUCUGGGCAUUGCAGCAGAGGACAGGAAUGAUGAUCUCUGAAAUGGCUAACUACUGAGAUAAGAAGUGGGCAGCUCGUGACACAGCAUGACCGGCCUUUGUGGCAUUAGGCCAGAAAGCGAAAAUGGGGCCUUUUAAUUAUGUAGUAUUUUGUUUGUAAAAAAUCAUAAUGUACUAUUUUUAUAAGAACAAUUUUAAAUAACUUACUUUUUUUUAAUACACGCAUUAUGUUUUAAUUUAA